AUGAAAGAGGCAGCCGCAGAGGUGGUCCAUGAGGUUAAACACAGAGACAUUGGGACAGAGAUGACACCUCUGGGCAGUUCUACUACUUCAAGAUGCCCUACUCCAUUCAAAAGCUCAUCACCGGCCCGCCACAACACUCCUGCCGAUAGGUCAGGUCCAUUGGCCUUAAUGAACUCCAGCACCAUUGACAUUGCAGAGUUGCAGGGGUGCCAUUUAGCCAAGCUAAAUCUUGGGACACAAUUUGAUUCUAUUACCUCAAAUUGGAGCUCGAGGGAAGAGGAGGAAGAGGACGUGUCGAAAAGCUUGAGACACUUUGAGAUGAGCAAUGAGUGCAGGAGAAGUGUUUCAGAGUCUAGAACUCUUGCAUGGGAAGAAGAGGAGAAGACCAAGUGCUGCCUAAGGUACCAGAGAGAAGAAGCAAAAAUUCAAGCUUGGGUGAACCUCCAAAGUGCUAAAGCAGAAGCUCAGUCAAGAAAGCUUGAGGUGAAGAUUCAAAAGAUGAGGUCCAAUUUGGAAGAGAAGUUGAUGAAGAGGAUGGCAAAUGUUCAUAGAAAAGCUGAGGAAUCGAGAGCAACAGCCCAGCUUCAACACACUGAGCAAAUCCAUAGGGCCUCCGAACAGCCGCAGAAGAUGAUGAAUCGACAAAACUCACAUUUCUCUGGGACCGAGUACGAUAGAGGUGUCAACACAUUCUCUCCGGAAGGCCGAUUAUUUCAGGUUGAAUAUGCCAUUGAGGCUAUCAAGCUUGGCUCGACUGCAAUUGGGAUAAAAACUAAGGAAGGAGUCGUUCUUGCAGUUGAAAAGCGUAUUACGUCACCACUUCUGGAGCCCAGCAGUGUGGAGAAAAUUAUGGAAAUUGAUGAGCAUAUUGGGUGUGCAAUGAGUGGAUUAAUAGCUGAUGCCCGUACACUAGUUGAACAUGCACGAGUUGAAACUCAGAAUCAUAGGUUCUCAUACGGUGAGCCCAUGACUGUUGAGUCCACGACACAAGCUCUGUGUGAUUUGGCCCUGCGAUUUGGCGAGGGGGAUGAAGAGUCUAUGUCCCGACCUUUUGGGGUAUCUCUUCUCAUUGCUGGCCAUGAUGAGAAUGGCCCCAGCUUAUACUAUACGGAUCCAUCUGGCACAUUCUGGCAGUGCAAUGCGAAAGCUAUCGGUUCCGGUUCUGAAGGCGCUGACAGCUCUUUGCAGGAGCAAUAUAACAAGGACCUAACACUUGCAGAAGCUGAAACAAUAGCUCUUUCCAUCCUUAAGCAAGUUAUGGAAGAAAAGGUGACCCCCAAUAAUGUUGAUAUUGCAAAGGUCUGUAAGACUUAUCAUCUGUAUACCCCUUCCGAGGUGGAGGCUGUCAUAAGUCGCCUAUAA